AUGGACGUCAACGAUGCCAUACCAGCACCUAUGACAAUCAUAACGAUUGGUAUCUGCGCAGCUGGUGUAUUUGGUAAUCUAAUGAUAAUCUUUGCCAGUCUAAAGUCAUCCAAGCUAAGAAGUCCGUGUAAUCUUCUCAUGUGUGCUUUGGCCCUAGCCGAUGUUGUUGUCUGCAUUCACCUAAUUCAUGUGCGUAUAAUGAUUCUACAAGGACUCGGUGCCCAAAAGAAUAGUCACUGCUUCUGGCACACCAUUUAUGGGAUGUUUGCUCUGAACGUUGAAUCCGGCUUAGGACUUGCUUUGGGGAUUGACAGGUUUCUUGCGGUCUUCUUACCCACAAGGUAUGUGAUCCUAUUCUUGUAA